AAAAGAAAAAGAAAAUAUAGCCAAAAAUUACUAAGAUUUACAAUUGAAAAUGAAUAAAUUUAGGGAAGAAUAACAAAGAUUAUUGAAAGAAUUAGUAUAUAAUAGUCGAUUGGAAACUUAAAGUGAGAAAGUAUUGCCAUUUUAUGAGGACACAAUAGAUAUGCAUCAAAUCCCAGAAAAAUUAAGAAUGACUUUGAAGUCAUAGAAAAGAAUAAUAUGAA